AUGCGCUCGGCUGACUUCUGGACCGGCGUGCUGAUCCAUACACCAGGCAAGGAGGUCUUCGAUACCUUGACGAAUACUCUCUCUAUGUCGAACGAACGAUAUCGCGACAACAUGUCGGUCGGACACUACCAUAGACUGCUCCUUGCUUUGGCUGCUACAGUGGCAAAUCCAGACGCAGGGUCCAACGCGCACACAGCAUCGCUACGGCUUUGCAACAUAUUGUUCACGUUCAACCCAACCAUCCUUGAGGUCAUGCCGUGGAAGGUGGUCCGCCAUGUUGCCGCAGCGACAGAGAUGUGGCUGCCUCAGCUGCUAUACCCUUCGGAUGACGGACCAGCUUCCUAUCUCAACUGGAGCACCAUCUUGGACUCGCUGAGUAUACUGGUCCGGUGCUGUUCUGCACCGGUCCCCUCGUGGACAUGGUCGCAAGAGGAAACCAAGGUGUUCGCGGAGUGCAUCACGGACUUCUUUCGGAAGGAGUCGCUCUCAAUACUAACUGCCGGAAGGCUGUGGUCCUCGUGGAAUGCCCGGAAGCUGCUUGCAAUCCUGGACCUCGUUCUCACAUACCUAAGCGAAUUCGAGGAUGCUCGGAGGUGGGCCCCUAGAGACUUGCUGGAGGCCGUAGCGGAAUUAGUCGCAUAUGUCGAGGCUUCGAGGGCUUCCGAGUCCUACCUCGAUCUUGAGGACUCGGAUGAAGACGAUGUGCUAGAGGGACUUGGAAAGGUGAAGCACAACCUGGAAAAAUGCAGAUCUCUAGAACUGGGUGUAGGAUCAGAUGAGGAGAGGAUACAGGAUCCUCUGCCAGACUUAAAGCCCGAUACAGGCGCAAUGAGUGUGCACUCCGCAGGAGAAUAA